CUGGCGAGAGCGCAUGGUCUAGAACGGACCACAGAACAAGCACCCCGCUUUGGUAAUGAAGCCAGAACUGACAAAUGGGCAUUCUCCAAGCGUGAGAUACCCUGGCCCCGAUUGGCACCAUACUGUUUUGAUGGCGUCUACUUCCUGGGUUAUGAACUGGUCGAGAAGUUGGCCAUCGCUUUGCAUUUAACUUGCCCUAUCCCUGUUGAUGACGUCUGGUUGGUCCCGGUGAUGACAAAGUUGGGUGUGCGCUUCCAGUACCGACGUGGCAUUCGUUUAGUCGGAGCAGCCAUUGCCACUACGAAGCGAGACAUUAUAAUGCCGAUGUAG